UCUCUUCCCUGUCCCCCCCCCCCCCCCUGGCGCCUCCCCCCCGUCCCCGACGCGGGUCGCCAUCGGCGCACCAUGAGGGCCCCCGCCGCUGCGGGCGACGACGGCCUGGCCACGGAGGACGAGAGGCUGCUUCUUGCGCAGCUGCGGGAACACUUUGCCGACGACCUGCAGCGCCGCACGGCGGAGGGGCGCGCCCACUCGUGCUGCUUCGGCGACCUGGCCCUGACGCGGGUGCUGCGUGGCAACGACGGCGACCUGGCGAAGGCCACCGCCUGGCUAGCCCGCUUCCUGCAGCGCUGGGACGCGUGCGAUUUAGACACAAUGCUACGCCACCUGGUCCAGGAGUGGGACAGGGUUGGCUCGCCGAUACCACUCGAUUCGAUGUUGCCCUACUACGGGGAGGUGCAGCACUUCGUCCGCGCAGUGUUCACUGCGCCGAAGCCCUCGCCACAGGGUGACCUGAUCAAUUAUAUUUCUCUCGCGCGGUUCGAGAUGGCCGAGAUGAUCGACAAGCUAGAGUGGGAGCACUGGGUGCAGUACAUGUACGGGGCGACAGUGAUGCGCAUGAUCGAAUGCGACAGACAGAGCCGUGCGCAGGGCAGACUCGUGAAGGCGAUCACGCUGAUAGACGUGGGCGGGGUUUCUGUCUCCAUGCUGAACUGCCCGCAGUGGCACAAGCAGAACCACCGCGACAUAGGCACCUUCCAGGAACACAUCGCCGCCGAGGUAUUCGGGGAGGUCUGCAUACUGAACACCCCCUGGCUCGUCAUGAGGCUCUAUGAUGUUGUCAGCGUGUUCAUCCCCGAAAGGUUCCGACGAAAGGUCCGCCUGCUGCGCGGCGAUGGCACGGACGAUCCGGCCUUUGUUGCCCUGGCGGGUGGCAUCGAUCAGUUGCGGCAGCUGCUCGCGGUCCGGCACUCGCUGUUCGAGUCUCCACCGCACGCGGGAGUGGCGGAACGCUCGCUGUUCUCCACCAGGCGGGUUGCCACCGUGUCCGCCGGCCAGGAGUUUGCACUCUCGGUUGACGUCGCUCCCGGCCAGCACAUGCUGGGAACUCUCUGUCGGCGUCCGUCUCCUUCCUCUUUGGUUGUGGAAGACGAGGAGGCGGAUGAUGAUGAUGAUGAGGAGGAGGAGGAUGAAGAGGGACUUCAGCAACGCCCAGCUUCGGUCACAUCUUCUUGCCUGCUCCAGCACAGCAGCACAGCUUUAACCUUAACGGGUAGCAGCCCAAGAAUUGCACACAUUCGGCAGGCACCUGCUCACUUGCUUUUUUCUGUACACCUGAAGCUCAUUUGGUCACAUUAUGCCGCAUCGCCUCACCUCUCUCUGUGACGGCUCCAGCGCAGCUACACCUUUUUCUUGUUUUACUUUCAGGGUAGCAGCCCAAGAAUUGCACACUAGGCAGUCACCGUCCAUUUGCUCGUUGGGCGUCUGACUCUAAGGUGAUGGUGGCUGGGGGGGGUAUUAUGCGGCGACGGAGGCGGUGGAGGCGCAGUACUGACCAGCUUCGGUCACCUUCUUUGCCUGCUCCAGCACAGCAGCACAGCUCUAACAUUUAGGGUAGCAGCCCAAGACUUGCACACACUAGGCAGGCUUCUGCUCACUUGUUUUUUUUGUACGCCUGAAGCUGACGUGAUCGCAUCAUCAUCCUGCGUACCGCAGGCAAGGUACACGACGAGGAUGGGGGUAGGUGAUGUUGACUAUGGUAGAGGGGGGUCUUUGCGGGAAAGAUGCAGGUGUGGGGUCUAGAAUUGCCAUUGUUCAGUUUCCUGUUUAACUUGCCGAGGCGACAUACACCAUUAAUCAAGGGUUGCUCUACUUCUCAGGUUUAUUAUUCACUUUUACAGACUGGGAGGCUCUCUACAAGGGUUGCACUUUUAUUCACACCAUUAUCAAGGGUUGCAAUCUGCAGACUUGGAGGAGGAGGCUUUUAUUCGCUACGGUGUGCGUCGUCCUCUACUUGGCGGGCGCCUGCUCUCAAGUAUGUCUUGUUCCUGGGCUCGUGUUCCCUCAUUUUCCGCGGCGCCCGCCAGGCACACUGACCCGAGUCGCUUUUGACGUUACUCUUCAGCUCCUGCAAGAACGCGACAGGCUAGCUCCUCACGUUCGCCAAACGCAAAAAGGAGGAGAAGGAACAGGAGAAGCUGGGAGCUGCGUACACUCGAGGAGGAGGAGGAGGAG